AUGGAUCCAGGACGCAAGGCAAUGCUGGCGGGACGAAGAUCCCCGACCCGUCGAGACGUUACUUCACCCAGACAUGACCCUACCAACAGAAUUACCAAAUCAACAAAACCAACUGCCUCAAAGGUCAACCCCAAAUACUUGACCCAAGAUGAGCAGUCGCGCCAAUUCGUCGCCGACGAGGAUAAAUUCGUACUAAAGCAGUCCAAGAAGAAGGCCAACAUUCGUAUUCGAGAAGGCCGUGCUAAACCUAUCGACUACUUAGCCUUCAACUUGCGAUACAUUGAUACCGACCGCGACGUAUUUGACGACGACGACGCCGAUGCCGAGAUCGAUGUUCCUGCACCUGGAGACGUUAUCGCGUCACUAGAUAGAGAGCAAAUCGCUGAACUAGAAUCUGACAUUGCUUCUUAUCAUGUACUCGAGACAAAUGCCACCAAUCGCGAAUACUGGAGGGCGCUUCAAACCAUCUGUGCAGACAGGAAGGCGAAGCUAGAUCCGCACGGUCAUGAAAGAAGGGUUGUCAGCAGUGUUUCGGACGACAUUGACAAGAUUCUCGCCCCCAAGACGCACGACCAGUUGGAAGCCUUGGAAAAGCAGAUAAAGGCCAAAUUACAAUCGAACGAGGACAUUGACACGGAUUACUGGGAACAACUGCUUAAAAGCCUUAGAGUCUGGAAAGCUCGUGCCAAGCUAAGCCAGGUAUACGAGGCAAUCAAGGAGAUCCGUCUCAAACAGCUCAAGGAGCGUGACCCGGCCAAGGCAAAGGCGUUGGGCCAGCCAACCUCAGCCCCCAAAAUGACAUCCGCCUCACGGCCUGUGGCCCCAGUCUCAGCUUCCCCAGAUCCAACAUCAGCGCAGGCAGGUGUUUCAUCAUCAAGCCAUGCAGAGAACCCCGCCCCUCCUGGCACUGAACGCUUUUCUCAGGCCGACGAGGACUUCUCCCAGGCUACCAAAGCACUGUAUGAUCGCGAGGUUGCUCGAGGCGUUGACGAGAACGAGGAGAUAUUCACAAGUGAAGAAGCUGUCACUUCUUCCCAGCCGCAGUGGGCAGACAAGUACAGACCUCGAAAACCCCGGUAUUUUAACCGUGUGCAGAUGGGCUAUGAUUGGAACAAGUACAACCAGACUCAUUAUGAUUAUGAUAAUCCGCCACCAAAAGUUGUCCAGGGUUACAAAUUCAACAUUUUCUAUCCGGAACUCAUCGACAAGACAAAAGCACCAACUUUCAAGAUAAUUCGGGAACACGGCCGCAGACGAGGAGAAUCGUUUGCUGCUGCCGGCGAGGAGGAUACGUGCCUAAUCAGGUUCAUUGCAGGCCCCCCAUACGAGGAUAUUGCGUUUCGCAUUGUCGACCGAGAAUGGGAUUAUAGCGCCAAGAAAGAUCGAGGCUUCAAAAGCUCUUUUGACAAGGGUAUCUUGCAGCUGCACUUUCAGUUCAAGAAGAUCUAUUACAGGAAGUAG